AUGGGGAUGAUUCUUUGGUUGAGAGCGGGAAGUGAUGGGACGAGAUUGGGCGGAGAUCCGCUCUCACAUCAUCUAUUCAUGCUGCUUUUGUUAAAGGGAGAGCAGAACGAGGCUCUGAAAUUCGAGGUGCGCACGGUGAACGAGUCGAAACCGCCGCCAGAGUUUCGAGAGUUGGGUCUCCGAAAACCACCAGCGAUCUCGGAUGAGAAUGGGGAAACAUUCACUCAUGAGGAUGAUAUCAUUGAUUAUUUAGAACAAUGGAUUCCACAGAGGAGAGUGAACGAAGCCGAUGAUGUCACUUCGGAUUUAUUUCGGCAUUUCGCUUUUUUCAUCAAAGAUGUCAACAAGGAUCCAAAGGGUCUUCUAGGCGAACUCCAUCGUCUUGAUGAGUACCUUGGUGCAGCCGAAUUCCCCUAUCUUACAGGGAAUUCCCUCGCUUAUCUCGACUCUCUAAUUCUCACACGAUUGCAUUCAAUUCGAAUCUCAGCUCAAGCAUUAAAAGACUUUUCGAUACCCGAUAAUCUGAAAAAUCUUUGGGCCUAUAUGGAAAGAGGAUAUACUUUACCUAUUUUCCAGAACUCUUGUCCAAGUGAUCAGGAGAUUAUUCUUUAUUGGGCUGAGCGACCGGACACUCCGAAUAUCUCCUCGCAAAAGCGAGCCGCUCUUUAUCGUCAAAAGUCGACUCACACUUUCACAUGUCCCUCAAAUGAAAGCUCA